AUGAGAGCAAAAACAACUAAAAUUGUGUCUGCGCCGGAGGCCGGCAAAGAUAAAGAGAUCGCGAACCUUGAAUAUUGUCUGACAAAAUCAAUCGGACGACUUGACCUAAAAAUGAAAUUCAUGAAACAUCACAGAAUUACAACGAACUGGCACAUACCGAGGCCGUCUUUAUCUAGUGCGGGCAGUAUCAAUGAUUCCCGCUCUAGAGGCGGCUCCGCCUCCAGCCAAGGCUCUUCUAGUAAUCACAGCACACACAGCGUCUCAUCCGGAUCACUUCUUCUAACAGCUGCACACUUAGUACAAUUGAAUGGUAAUCAAAACUACGAGCAGGUACCAAGACCUGCCUUUACCAACGUAGUAUCGAUCCCAGAAGAAAGUGUCGAUACAUUAUGGAAGGACGUCAAACGUGGCUCCAUACCGGAACAAGAUUCAACAUCACUAGCCAGCUCCACCCACUUUACAGUGGUGAAUGGUUUUACGAAACAUCGACCGACGAAGGAGCCAAAAACCUGUUGCUGCAACCAAUCCCAUCAGAUAACAGUCCUAGUCAUUUGUAUGACGAUUCUGUUCUCUGCUUGUAUAUUGGCUGCUAUAUGCUUUGUCGAAAUGCGAAUGCGAAGAGAAACCGGAAUGUACAAAUAUUCUUAG